GUCUUGUCUGGACUAUGCUAUUGCUGCUUAUAGCGACCAGCGCAUCUGCCAAGAAUGAAUAUAAAAGGCAACGCACACACAAUAUACCUUUUUCAAUGACAAGAGUCACAGAGUUCAACAGAGGCCCUGGCCCCCAACUCCCUGGGGCCGAAAAGCAAGCGCCGAGGUACUGGCUCAGCCCAUGUGCCAACUCCAAUCUGUGCGCACCACCGCCUUCCCGUGAACACAGCAGCUACCUCCGCGGACGCUCUCCGGCCGAUGUACAGUCGGCGAAGAUCGGCUCGUUCGAGUUGAGUAUGGAAGAUAAAAGCAUUUCCGCAUCUUUCCCAGACCAGCCGUCAUCAAUUCGAGAUCUUUCGAUCGAAGACGUGCCGGAAGCAGUGAAGAACGCAUUUCUGACACAGGAAGAGCUGCUAAACACUUCAGAAAUUCAAAUGAAAAAAGAUCCGACAUCGGAAUACGUCUACAAUCACACAACCCAUCAGCUCCUGACCCCUGACCUCUCUAACCAGGUGGUGCGUGUGGAGACCUCACUUUUACCCGGUGGUUGGAGGACCAUGACAUUGCUCCAUGGAUGCUGCCCUGUUCUGAGGUUUCACGCCUCAAACAUCACGCUGGAAAACAUCAACGGCCAAGAGAAGAGGAUCGUGCAUUUCUCCGACUCUGAUCCACCGCGAUACCAGUUCAUUCCCCAUGGACUGUGCAAAGAGGACACCAAGACGUACUCCUCCAACGGCCACUGCAUGCAGGGCAAGGUGACCAUGUCGUUGCUGGUUUAUGACGUCAGCUUCAGUCCUCCCAUCACGUUUGACCUGUUCCAGAUUCCUUCAUUUUGUAACUGUGUUCAGUAUUAGUCUCCCAUAGUUGAUUGCCUGGAGAGACUAUUGCCUCGUAGUAUGGUAUGCGCAGACUGUUGAAAAAUCCCAUCUCUACAUCUUGGCCCGCCCUUCAUCAUGAGCAGUCGCCAAUAAGUCCAAUCUUUGUCAGAUCCGUUACUACAGAAAGUCGCCCAGGUUGGGUCGCAGUCAACUUAUUAACAUCUUCUAAAGUUUUAGAAUGUCGGUUAAAAAACAAAACAAAACAACAACAACAACAACAACAACAACAACAACAACAACAACAACAACAACAACAACAACAACA